AGAUUGUGUCAGUCAGUUUGUUUUGGGACAAAAUGAACAUAACCGCAACAUAUAUGUGUAUGUUUGUGGAUAGGCGCGCGCUCGCAUCGGUAAUUCAUAUAUCUGUCACUAGAACUACAAAAAGCAUCAGUAAUUGUGGUUUAAAUAUAAACAGAAACUGACAAACACAAAAUAAUAAUAAUGUUGGACGAUGAUUUUUUCGAAUUGGACGAGGAUCUGCUCAACGCAACAGAUUUUAGUAAGAAAUUUGACGAAAUAAGUGAAGAGGGUCAUAUCAGUCAAAAUGUGCGUUUCCUAAAUUGUACCGGCGAUGAUCAAUUGACCAAGCACACAUUCCAUGCCCAAAGUUUCGUUGCGAAUGAUGAAAUUAAAUUGAUCGAAAGUAAUUUGAAGAAAUUUCACAAUCAAAAACUGUUCGAUUUAGAGUUUUCGGAAGAUAUUCUAACUGAUCCAUCCGUACUACAGAGUUUACUCGGUAAAGUCAGGAUGAAUGUUCAAACAUUGAUUAUGUCUUCGAGAGAGAAUAGUACUUUUGUUACAAAGAAGAGCUACUUCGCAAUGCGUCAACAAACAACAACAUUCCUCUUUCAGUUGCGUCAUUUGCUAUUUACUGGUAGAAUAAAGCAUAAUGUCCUCGAAGAUUUAUUGCGACCCUUUGCCAUAUAUUUGGAACAACUAAAUGCACUUCCCAUUAUCGAUGUGUUGCACACCAUUCACAGUACGCUCGGAAAUGAAUCGACAUCUCCUGCUUAUCACUUAUUACAUGGACACAUUGAAUGGCGAUGGAUUUACAUCACGAUCUGCUUGCGCAUUGAACAGGAUAAACUUCAUCAAAAUCUUAUGAUCACCGAGAGCACGCUGCGAAAUACGCAAUUUGAAGAGAAGAUUCAAUUGUUCCUGUAUGACUUGAUUCUUAUUUCGGCAGCAAAGUUCAACAAAUUACACACUACAGAGUUACCGCCAAAAAGUCCAUUCACAUGUUCGUGCAUGAAAGAAAUUUGGCUACUGGUUCAGUUACUAAUUGAGAGACUUUACGAAAAUGGUGGACAGUUGAAUUCAUUUUGGCACUAUUUCGACUUGACGUUAAAUUUUCAUCGGGAGCGCAAAAGUCUAUACGCUGCAAUGAAACAGCCAUGUAUUUCCCGCGAUGUGACCGCUGUUUUUCCCAAUGAUUCAACCGUCUUCUCAUUGUGGCUACUAAAUGGUGUGGCGAUAUUGCAUGGCUAUUCAGAAAAUGGAACCUAUAAUGGAGCCGAUAGCUUACGUGUUAGGGAAAAUGCCGUACUUUUAGAAUCUCUCUUGAAGGCACUUGUUUUGGCUGAACCCAGCGAACAACAUUUACGCGCUUCAUUGCUCAUUGUCAAUUCAUUGUUGAGCACUUGGUGGCCACAAAAGCCGGAACUUCUUAUGACAUUUUGGGAGUAUUUCCAUAAAAAAUUAAAUUCAUCAUUCUGUGUCAAUGGGGCAACACCAGCCGCUUUAGCUGUUAUUGGAAAAACCGCCUCGGAAUAUUUAGAGCAAAUACGAAAAUUAAUCGACAACGAAAAUAUUACCACCGAUAUGAGUAGCUAUAUGAUUUUUACGAAUCUAUUGGGAAAAGUUCUCAAGCGUCUAGUGCAAUCGGAUACAAAAAAUCAUAUCAUGAAAAUUAUUGGUCGAAUUUUCGCCAAAUUUGGAGAGUCAAAGCUGAAUGCAUUAACUGAAGUCGGUAUCCAUAAUUUGCUUACGUUAUUCCUGAUUUUGGCAUCAGUUGUCGGAGUGAAAGAAAUUGGACAACGAUUACACUCCAUUUUGCUUCAAUUGAGACUCGAAAAACUGUCGGCCCCGCGACAAAGUUGUUUGAUGAAGGGUCACAUGGCGCUAUUGAUUUUGUAUUCGCAACAAAAGGUGAACACGCAAAAUUAUGUCAGCCGAAUUUUAGACCAAAUCAAUAAACUGAAUUCGGAUGAAAACAAAUUGCCCAUUCUUCGGAUCAUGGUUGAUGCAUUGGAACGUAUUUUCGAAAAAUCAGACAUGUUUGCCAACGAUGAGUACAUGAUUCUCGAUUCAUGGAUUUUCGACUAUUUAUCGUAUUGUUCACAGUCUGAGCAGGAAAAAUGUUUGCAGUUUGUCAAUAAAUUUUUCGUGUGUAUCGGCAAAGAUAUGCGUUUGAAGCAACAGUAUCCAGAACAGCACCAGAAAGUCAUUCGAACUCUUUAUAAAUAUAUUUUGCCAUUUGUGAAACAGAUUUAUCGACAGAGUAAUGUAUUUGGGGGCGUUCCCGAUAUUGCAGCCACGUUCGCACUUCAUGCUAAUGGUCAGGAUGGUUUAGCGAAUUUCCAAGAUCUAUUCAAACAUUUUACAGAGGCUACAUGCUGUGAUAUACAGACGACCACCAAAUUUUUAUUAAGUAUUUUGAUUGAUGGAUAUUUGGAGAAAAUUAAGCAAAUAGUGAUUAUUCGUUUAUGGCUAAAGUGCUCUAUGCUUAGUCCUAGUCCGAAUGAGGAUAUUCGCCAAUUGACCAGAAUCGUUCUUACUCUACCCGACUUUUCAUUGCUGUGCAAAACGACUGAAACUGAAAUUCUGGGUGCCAAAGAGCCAUUAAGUGUUUUCUUUGCAUCGUGUGGCAAACUGUAUGAAAACGCUUCAGAUCAAACACGAAAACAAAUUGCUGAACACUUGCAAUCAGCUCUAUUGGGUUUCGAAAAAUGGGUUCCAAUGUCAGAAUCACCUCCAGCAAUCUUCAAAAUUCACAUUGUGAUCGCACUGAUAAUAUUCAACUGUUCCCCAAUCGUUUAUGUUCGAUCAAAGCCGACAUGUUUCUUUUCUGUGAUAAUGAACCAUUAUAUUUUGCCAUUGCCAUUACUGACGGGUAAAACGCAAAAACUCAUCUCAAUUCAAGCUGUUCAUAAAGUAUGGCAUUUGAUUGUUGGUGGUAUUGAAAAGCUGGACUAUCAAUGUGAUGCUCAACUUCAGAAAGUCUUCACUGAUUUAGUUGUCAAGUGGAUUCCACAAUUUCGAUUGAUACCGAUGCAGAAAAUCGCUUCAAAGCCAUUCGUUGCAUGUGCACGGCAUAGCAAACCAUCAACUUUACAGUUCAUACUGGAUAAAAUGAUAAAUAGUUUUUUGUCAGCACAACGACGGGAGACUCAUCAAAAUGCACCAAUGGUCGUUACUAUUCUAACCGAUAUUUUGACUGAGACUGAAACGGAUACCGUUCGGGUGCUCUUGAAUACAACAAUCAUUGCUUUGUUUGAACAUGCAAUGAUGGUGGAUGAGAGUUUACCCAGUCGAACAAUGAUUUUUGACUUUUUCAGUGCUCUUUUCAAAACACCAACCUACAUAACAUCAUUGGAAAUCCGAACCAUUGUCACAUCGAAUCUCAAGACAUUAACAACAAAAAAUCUCUCCUAUUAUGCAUCGUUCUUCUUUCAAUUCAUGCAAAAAUUAGCCCAAAUCAAUUCACGGUGUAUUUUAGAGGUGUUGCCACACAUCAAAGAGCAAGUUGAACACGUGGAGGAGCUGCGAAAUGCUGGUACUGAUGCAAGAUUAAGAAACUUAUUGCGACAGUUGGAAGAAAUCGUACGAAGAUGAUUAUGGGUUAAACUGCACCUUUCGACUUUUGAACAUGUUUCAGGCCUUUAUUUUCUCUAUUUUUUAUUUACAAAAUGACGAAUUUUUUCGAAUGAUGAUUUGAAUAAAAGAAAUAUAUCUUUUAAAA